UAUCAUAUUUUUUAUAUAUAUAAUUAUGUAAUGAUUCUCCUCACGCUAAAUCAAUUACACGUGAUAUAGUAAUGCAGAAACGAAUGGUGUCUAAUGUAAACAAAUCAGUAAAGCAGCGAAAAUCCUCAUUUUUAAACUUCUAAACAUCUAAAAACAACAGCUGGAUGAUUUUACGUGAAAAAUGUGUCACAGAACCCAAGUUCACCGGUUUGCUCAGCCAGCUGUGGGGAGACAUGAUAAUUGGUCAUGUAUUAAAUCAGUUAGCGCUCACUCAAGCUUAGCAUGAAUCAGCGGACAGGACGAGAGGGAGGAACAGCGGGACAAGGGAAGCGCUAAACAUGGAUGGUGAAGCAGGCCGCAGACAGAAGAAAAGUUCCUACAGAGACUUAAUGAUGGAUGAGGAGGAGCUGGAGGAGCCCGAUUUGGAGUAUGAGAAAUGUAGCACCAAGAGGCUUUGCAAGGAACCGAAUGUUUUGCUCAACAACAGAAGACGACCAUCUGGCAAGAGUGGAACAGAGCCUGAACUUCAUGGAGCGGACUCCUCCAGUCUCCACCCUGCGUAUACGAUCUGUGUGCCACAAGAUAAAUUGGGAAUAAGAGGAGGAGAAAAGGAUAACCGAGACAAGUUGUUAUUUUCAUGUUGCACAGCAGAGGGCAGCAUUGAUCAGGCAAAUUCAAGCUCCAUGUUGAAGUACUGGGUUUAUGUAGAUAACCAGCACAGUGUGACAGACUGUCCCGUUAGCAGAGCUAUCACCCCUCCUGCCACUCCAGGAACCCAUGGGGCUUGUCCGUUCAUACCUGUUCCACAUCCAGUGACAGCUUCUAUAAUGAGCUCUGCAGUUAAUCCCAUGAUGUAUAGCCCCGUGACUGACACCUGCAGUCCCAUUAGUUCUAAGUGCAGUCCCCCUGGUUCAGCCUGGGACACUCUCAGAUCCUCAUCCAGGAGUAUUGGCUGCUCUGACUGGGGUCCUGUCAGUACUGCAGCUCAUCUACACCUGUUGGGGGAAUCCUUGUCCCUGAUUGGACAACAUCUUCAGGAGACAAAUAAAAUGGUGAAUAUGUCAAGCAGCUUGUCUCUUCUCUUGGACUCUCUGCUGUGUGCCUUAGCUCCUCUAAUCUGCCUCACUGUUGAGAUACCCGAACUGAGAAGCUGUACACAACACACACUGGCCUCCACUCUGGAAAACAUUGCCUAUCUGAUGCCAGGGAUGUGAGUGAUGAUGAAGACUCCACUAGCAGUACACAGCACGUUCUAAUAUGCUGACAGACACUCUAGGUUAGUUUACACUUGAAACUUAAAAUAAAUAUAAUGUCUAUUUUGUUCUAAAAGAAUUUGUGUUGUUUUUGUUUGCAAUCUUAAAGUGAUUUUUGUUCUAUCGCAAAUAUGCACAUUUCCUUUAAUAUGCCAAGUCUUUUCUUUUUGUUCAAUUAAAAGGUGUGUGUGAAGACUGGA